CCUAAAUUAUCAGAGAAGAAAAAAGAAAAUACUGAAACUGUUGGCUAUGAGUUAGAAGGCCUUACAGAAACUCCCACUUUAAGAAGGAGCCUCUCUUUACUCAAUGUUGUUGCCCUUUUAGUAUCAAUUACAGGUCAUGUGGCUGUGUUCAUUACUCCUGGUCUAGUCUUGAACAUGUCUGGAUCUAUAAUCUCUACACUUGUAUUCUGGAUUAUUGGUAGUUUUCUAGUCUAUACGCUAUCUCUGUGUUUUACUGAGCUUGGAACUAUUUUUCAGAGUGCUGGUGGACCCUAUCUUUAUAUAACCUUAAUUUUUGGUAACCAGUAUGGCUUUCUUGUGGCCUGGGGCUACAUUAUUCUUAUUUCAGGACCUUUUAAUGCUUUCGCAGCUAAAACAGCAUCUUUGUAUCUAUUGAAAGCUAUUAUGACAGAUUAUGACUGCCAGAGCAAUUAUUUUAAUUCUGUUGUCUCUAUAUUGGGAGGAUGUAUUCUUCGUAAGUCAGUUUACAUUCUUUGUAUAUUUGUUAUUUAUUUUAAACACACCAUAAUGUCUGGAAAAAAAUUAAUUUUGAACUCAAGUUUAAAACCAUUGUAGGUAUAAGAAAAAAAGAAGGGUUGAACAGCAGAUAAAAUUGAAUAGUUUGAACAGCAGGUUAUAUUGGUACACAGUAAGCUGCCUUGUAAAAAGAAUGUGAUUGUGAACAUAUUGUAAAAAACAGGCUCAAAGGUGUGAAUUGAUUCAGAAAGACUUAAGCUGUAUGUAAGCCUCCAUCAUUUGAUUAAAGCCUUAGAGCAGAAGUUGGUACCAUUAAUUAUGGUCUAGUAAUUAUAAUAACCUCUGAACAGUCUAAACACCUUUACCUCAUUACUUCAGUUGGGCUUGCUUUCUUGAACUGCUACAGCCUGAAGCUUAUAGUCCAAGUACAAAAUUUUCUUACUGCUUGCAAAAUGUUGGCCAUUGGUAUCAUUGUAUCUGGAGGAAUUUACAUCUUAGCAACAGGUAUAAAUCUAAUGUUAUUUAUAAAAAUGUUAAGAAUUUAAGUAUUGUUCAGAGGUUAGGUAAUUUUGUUGAAACCAUUAAUUUUUAUGAUGCUAAGUGCCAUGGUCUUUGCACUGACUCUAAUUAACUUAUUGAAAGAAUUGAAUCACAUUAUUUAUGUAAUGGUUUCACCUUUCUCCUCCUUACUCAUUGGCAACUUACUCAUAGUAUCUUUUCAUUUGUAUGUGCAGUUAGUACAAAUAAUAAAAAUUCAAAUCCUUAAAUGAAUUAGCAUAACUCAUCAGUUUGUACUUACGCUAAUGUAGUGGUUGGCUCUGUGAAGGAAUAGGUGUGGUGCAUUUUAAAAUAAUUUAUGACAUGCCACUCCCAAAAUAUUUCCUUAGCAGAUAAAGGUUAAUUUAUAAAAAUUACUUCUCUCUAAAAUAAAAAAAAAAGAUUGCUGACUCCUGUGUCCACUAUCUCCCCAGCACUAGAGCAUGUGGGGAGUUUGAUAUUUUUUAAAGGUGCAUUUAUUAUAUGACUAUAACAAUUAUAUGAUCUUAAAAUCAGAUGGCUGUUAUCACAAAAAAUUAAAUUUCAGAUAUCUCAAUAUUUAAAAAAAAACUAAUCAAAUAGUCUUAGAUUAUACAUUUUAAUUAGUCUAUUAGUUAUGUCUGGUAAUUUUAAAACUAAGCAAUGAAAACUUAGUAAGGUCAUUUUAUUGCUAAUAUUUUAAGCAUGGAUUUAUUUAAUAACAAAUUUCAGAAUCAACUGAGAAUUUCGACAAGCCAACUGAGGGAAUCCAUGGAGAUCCUGGUCGCAUCUCAAUGGCUUUGACUUUUGUAAUCUUCUCUAAUGGUGGCUGGUGAGGAAACAUUUUGUUAAAUAUCUGUUGUCAUAUUCUGGUUCUGGUAAGGUACGUUGUUGAAUCCAUGUACCGGCAUAUGUGCAACGGUUGGGGAUGUUGUGCUGGUAUUUUAACAGCUCCUAGCAGAUGCUAAGCUGUAUUGAAGCUCCCUAUUGACUUCGAGUUUAUGGUGGUAUUGUCCAGUUGGUUCCAAGCGAUGAUUGUGCAUGGGAAAAAUGAUUGUUUAUAAUUGAGUAAUAAACAGAACUAGAAUGAUUUUGUGAUUUGAGCUUUGCAUUUUCAAUGUUCAUUACAGAAAAGAAAGUAGAUGAAUAAUUGUAAAACCAAGGUCAGUAUAAAAACAUAAAAUGUGGGUAAUUUAAAAACAUACAUUUGCCAAAACAAAAAAGAAAAUUUUCUCCCACAUCCCUGUCUUAUAAAAUAGAGAUUUGAAAGAGCAAACUAAAAAUUUAUCAAUUCAACAUUUUGAAGAAACUGGAGCUGAUGCCGUCUAUUCAAUGCCAUUUUUCCCAAACAGCCACUGGAAAAGUCUAUAAACCAAGAAAUUUAGAUAUUUGUUUUUGUUAUUAGCCUAUGUCAGUGGUUGGCAAAUUACGGCUCACGAGCCACAUGCGACUCUUAAGGACUUGAGUGGGGCUCGGCCAGUCAGCCAAAAAUGGGUUUUGACUACGAUAAACAUGGUUCUUGACAGGUUCUUGAAAAGAAAUUUGUCUCUCAAAAAAUUUCAAUCGUCCUAUUGCUGAUUUUUGGUUCUUUUGACCAAUGCCGACUACUGGCCUAUGUUAUAGAAUAAGAUUUUUAUUUAAUCUUUUUUCCAGGCAGGCUGUUACAACACUGACAGAAGAAGUCAAAGAACCUGCCAAGUAGGUCUGCACUUUGGUUAUUUCUUUGUAUUUUUUAAAAUUGUUUUCUUACUAGAAUAUUUUUAAAAACAUUGUUGAUGGGUCUGGGAAAUUUUUAAGCUAUCAUCUCAAUAUAUAUUUGUUUAUGCUGACAUUACACUUACAGUUUGAAAGGAAGAAAAUUCUCAGACUAUUUAAAUUCAAAAUGAUACAUUCAAUCUUUUUUAUGUGGAGAAUUAAAUUAAUUUAAGCAUCAUAUAAUGCGGUUCAUAGUGGCUUGGCGUAACUGCACAUUUUUUCCUGUAUGCAUCAUUUUUGCCUAGUCACUUAUUGUUUUAUCUUAUGCUAAAAAAUUUCAAGGAUUUUAUUAAUUUAAGAUAAAACAAUAAGUGACCAGGCAAAAAGGAUGCAUGCAAGACAAAACUUGCAGUUAUGCUGAGCCACUAUUAACAAAUUGCUGGGUGGGUUUUGCUAUUACUCUGGCCAAAUGCAGUGUUGCCAGAAAAAACACACUUUCCCAUAACAAAGAAAACGCUUUUAAUAUAAUUUUAUUUAUGUAUAUUGAGUUCUCGUUAACCUGAAGAUGUUCAUUUUUACCCCUUUUGGUGUAAUUUACCUCGUUUUCUGACCCAUGCAUUCAAUGGAGGGCUUAUUCCUAGUUUGAACAUGAUAGUUUAGAAGUGCAUGCUCUUAUGCUCUUAAUUUACUUAGAAAUCUUUAUUUUUAAAAAAUUUAAGCUACAGUGGAAUCUAAUCAUAACAAUUUCAAUCAUUAUAUUUUUGCCCCAUUUCGGUCACACUAGGUCAGUGGAUUAACACCAACUUUUCUCCUUGCAGUCAAUUGUUGUGAAAUUAUAACUCUUAAAUCAGGUAGCUGUAAUCACUGAAAAUCCUUUUUGGUAUAGAAAAUCUUUUCAGAAUAAAUGUAUUUGUGAAAUCAAUCUCACUGCAAAUGGCAUAAUGGAACAGGAAUCGGAGCCCUGCUAGACAAAGAAGUAUUUUAUUUUUUGAUUAACUCCGCAACCCUAGCUUGCUUUAUAUUAAUCUGCUGAGGUUUAAUUUAUAUAGUUUCUUAUUUUUUAUUUUGUAGAACUCUACCCAGAGCAAUCCACUUGACUUUUGCCAUUGUGGUGUCCAUGUUUAUUCUGACUUACCUCAGUUAUUUUGUUGUUCUGGAAAAACAUGAGAUGGUUCAGUCAAAAGCUGUAGCACUUGUAAGUUUUCUAGAUUGGCAUGAUGGAAUGGACAAUUUUUGGGAAAAAUCAAUUGGUAUAUUACAGUUUGGGCCAAUAGCAUUUAUUAUUGCAAGCUGUGAGGACAAACAGAGCAAAACACAAAACACAAUCUUUAAGUAUCAGCGUAAAAACUAAAGAUGGUAAGAAAUUAUUUCAGGCAACAAAAUUUAUAUGUUAUCUGAAGAUGUUCAUUUUUACCCCUUUUGAAGUAAUUUACCCCGGUUUUCUGACCCAUGCAUUAAAUUAAUUCCUAUUUUGAUAGUUUAGAAGCGCAUGCUCUUAAUUAAUGUAUGUGUUAUAGUUGUCAUAAUGUGAUGUUAGUGUUAAGUCUUAUAGAUUUAAGUUUUAAUCUAUAAUCUAAGAUAUUUUCCAAAGCUUCCUUAUAAUUAUUUUUUAUUUCCUUAUCUCCAGACAUUUUGCGAACAUGUUUGGCCUCCGUUAGCCCCUGUGAUGUCAAUUUUUGUUGCAGUUGCUUGCGUGGGGGCUCUUAACACAGGGAUUAUGGGACACUCCCGGUGAGUCAAUAGAAUAGAAACUUUGAAGAUUCAAAAGCAUCUGGUAUAAUUCAUGACUUAACUUUGGAGGCAAAAAUUAGAUCCCAUUUUUAAAAAAAAAAUUUGUGCAUAAAUAGUUCUUUUUAUAUAUAAUAAUAAAAAAUAAAACAUACAAACGCAAAACGAUAAUCUCAUUCUUCAUGAAUACAUUAUCUAACUUCUUAAAAGAGGCCAUUGCUUCAUGUUUAAAUGAACACUUAGAAUCUUAGAAACAUUUAUUCUUAUAGGUGGCACAAAGUAAUUUUUGUUAGCUCAGAAACAAACACAUAAGAAAACAAUUUAGUAUUAAAACCAUGACGUCUGCUACUUGAUUUGUUAAAAACUAGAGGGAGAUACACCGUGACUUGGAGAUACACAUUUUGAAAAAAAAAUGACUUAUCUUCAACCUCAUAGCACUUCCACCUUUUUAAAUUUAAGCUUACAGCCAUCUGCAUUCUGUUGAAAUGUAAUUAUUUGUCAGAAUUGUAAUUAUUAAGAUAAUUUUGGUUAUGAAACUGGGUUCAAAAUAAUAGUAUUUAUAAAAAGCAGAUUUUUGUAUUUGUUUGAAUGAGCCAUCAAUAAAUUUUGUCAUGCAUUUUGUUACAAAUUUGUGAAGAUGGGUCAAUAAAAUCUCAAAAUAGUAUGAAAUCAUUUAUGGAUGGUCUCUAUAUUACAAACUUAGUUUAAGACUUUUGACUGUAGUAAUAUCAUAGGGAAUAAUUAGUCUUUAUCAAAAUACCAUAGAGCAAUUUUAUAUGAACUUUAAAAAAUAUGAAAUUCACAGAAUGUAAGCUAUCAACAAUUUGUUAAUGUUUGCAUUGAUUUAAUUGUAUAUUUUAUAAUUUCUUUGUGUGUAAAUAUAUGUGGCCUGUUAAUUUCUUUUUUUUUUUUUUGGUGUGGGGGGGGGGGGGGGGGGGGGGGGGUAGUGUGUUGGCAGUUUAGGGAUAACAAAUGUUUCAUUUUCCUUUCCAUACAUUUAAAGCUUGUCUAGCACCAUAAUAUCAGCAAAUGCCAGCUAAUUCACAACAUGCCUGCGCUGAUAUUCAAAAUAUGGUCAAACUUUAACAAAUGAAACCAUUGUCUCUAAGAAUGCUGUUUGCUGCAGCAAGAAAAGGUGAUAUGCCCUCCAUCAUGAGCACACUGCACCCAACUUAUAAGACACCUAUGAUUGCCCUCUGGACUAUUGUAAGUAUCACUAAAUCAGAAUUUGGAAAUAUAUUUUUUUAAUGUAGAAGUAUGGCUCUGUGUAAAAUAUUGUGCCUUAAUUCUUGUUUUAAAAAAAAGUUAUUUAUUACUUUUUAAAAACUGCAAUAUUAGAUGCUGUACCAUAAUAAUAAUAAUAAUAAUAAUAAUAAUAAGGGGUCUUAUAUAGCGCGGUACCCCAGCCUAGGGCUGGGCUCACCGCGCUGUACAUAAAAAUUUUAUCAAAAAAGACAUAAUCAUGACAUUAAAAUAAAAUACAUUUAUGAAAUAAAAAACAGCACAAAAAAAAAUGUAUAUUCACCCACCCCAACACAUAACUAUUACAAGGCAAACCAUGGACGGCAGCCAGCAAGAUCGUUUAUCUGUCAGAGGAGGGGAAUCACUUUUAUUGAUCCAAAUAAAUGGAAAUGUUUUUUGAUUGCAUUAUACAUUUUCAGCACAUAAAUAAAACAAUUUGAUGACACAUUUAUAAUAAAUUAUCUCAAACAGCCAUUCGGUGAGUUCUCUUAGCCAAAUCGGGGACUUUAUUAGUUCUCAUGAAGAGGUGUGACUUCAGAGGGAGCACGCCGGUCAAUUCGAACAGAUUGGGGAACAAAUGAAUUUUUAUACCUUUCAGUCCUCGCCCUGAUGGAAAGAAUUCAUCCCAAAUGGCCCGAUCCUGAGUAUUUGUGAUGAGGAGGGUGGGAUGUAUCAUCCAAAAUGUGUUUAGUUUUACAAAAACUUCUUUCUUCAAAUAGUUCUUCAAGUGAAGGAUGUUUAGUUUGUGUUAUGUUCCUAACUUUCUUGAUUAGUCGGUUUAUGCGGUGUUUAAUAUCAGACGUUGAAUUCCCACACCAGCAGGUAAUACUGAAAUUAAGUAGGCUUUCAAUUGUUGCACUGUAAAUUAACGACUUGCCUGUUUACGCCGAAAUUGUACCGUUUUUUGAGAUAGAGCAGUUAUACAGUGCAGGAGAGAGAAACGCAGCCUUGUGGUGCCCCUGUGCUUAUUUCUCUGGUUAGAGAUAAUUGGUUAUUUACUUUGACAUAUUGUGGUUGUUUUGUUAAAAAGUUCAGUAUCCAAGCCUGAAUAUUUAAAUUAAAGUGAUAAAAAUAUGCUGUACCACAAUUUAUGUACUGUACUUUGUAAAUUGUACUUGUUAACAAUUUACUGUCUUAAUAGAACUUUGCAACAAUAGCAUUUUCUUUUGCUUGAGGUAGUAAAUGUUUAGCUCCGUUGUAUUAGAAAUUAAUAUUCAUUACAGUUUUACAUUCCAUAUUUAGACCAUUUAUGGGUUUGUCAUGAUGUACAUUGGAGAUGUUAAAGAGCUGAUGCAGUUUGUGGGUCUUUAUUCACUCAUUAUGGGAUUAAAAGUUGUCACAGGCUUACUGUAUCUUCGAUAUACAAAACCUAAGAUAUCUCGGCCAUACAAGGUACGGAUCAUUUAAAAAUCCAUGAUGUUUUAGAUGUAGUGAUAAGGAUAUUGUUAAAAAAAAUCAAUAUUUUUUUGUUGACUAAGUUAAAUAAUUUUAUAUGACAGCACUGCAGAUAAAAUGUUAAUUUUAUUUGUUGGUGUAUAACUUAUAUGUUUAUAAACAAAUUUUAUAAAUGUCAUUCAAUAUUGUUCUUAUAUGGUGGCUGUUCAACUCUUAACUAAAGAUACAAAUUUUAGUCUAUAAAUAGUCGCCUAAAAUUAUGUGUAUAUUGAAAAUGAUUUCAGGUACCAUUGUUAUUUCCCCUACUUCAAGUUGUUGUGUGCUCUGCUUUGUUAGUGCUAAUUGUCUACCAUGAGCCAGUUUGGAUGUCCAUAGGUCUUCUAAUCUAUUUAGCUGGGAUACCUGUCUAUUUGAUUGGUGUUCGAUGGACUAAUAAGCCAAAAUUUUGUGUCCAAAUUAUUAGUGAGUUGUUAUUGGUUUUGUUAUUUAUAGGGGGGAUCACUACGGGAACCAACCAAAGAGGUUUUUUUCAUCUAAAGAGACAUCCAGCUAUCCAUUUGAGAGAUCUUAUUUAGCCAACAAAAAAUGACAAUAAAUGUUGGUAGGCCUAUUUAAAAACAAAGCCCAGCUCAGGUGCGAGGUACUCUAUAAAAAUUCACUGACAGCCCCAUCAUUUAAUUUUGUUGUUUUAAAUUUCAGUCUAAAGAACACCCAACAAAUGUGUAGUGAUCUAAAUAGUAACAAUUAUAUUUAAAUCUUACUGUUUUAUUUUAUUUCUGUUUUAAAAAUGUAUGCUGCAGAAUAUAUAUAUUAAGUCAUUGUGAGUAUUGAAUGAAUUUUUGGUGGAUUUUGUUAAUUUAAUAAAAGAUAUUUCAUUUUCUUGUCUAGGAAAAGCUACAAGUUUGUUCCAGAAGCUUCUUAAACUAGUACCAUCAUGAAAGAGCAUAAAACAGUCAGUCUGCAUUUUGUUGUUAUCAAGAAGAACCAAAGAUAUACAUUGUUGUUUUAUCAAAACAUAUUUUAAAUGAAGUUUACCACCACAAAAGGAAAUGUUCUCUUACAAAUUAUUGUAGUAAAAAUCACAAUUUUGUUUGUCUUGUAACAGUCAAUUAAUUUUCCAUUGAUGAAUAAAAUAACUAUUUUGCUUCAAUGAUUAAUUUCUAUUUAUUGCAAGUAAAUUUCUAUCUCAUUAUUCCCAUUUAAACUGCAAUUUUUUUUAACACUGUUUAUUAAAAU